AAAAGCAUAAAUUUAAUGAGCUUAGAAGUAAAGAAUGCACAUAGAUAAGCAUUUAAAGAAAUCUUUUCAAUGAAAGCAGUUGAAGGAAAAUUAGAUAAAAAAGGAUUGGCAGAUCUUUUCAUAAUGAUUGAUUAUAAGGUAUUAUGAUUUUAAUGAUAAUUUUAGAUCCCUUAAGAGUAAUUUGAUGAGAUGGUUCAAAGAAUAUUUGGAAAAAAAGAAUAAAUUGGUUUUGAAGAGUUUUUAAAAAUUUUUAAUUUAAAACUGACAGAUUAUACUUUUAAUGAUGUUAGAAAUGCCUUUAAAUUAUUAGCUAAAGAUGAUGAUAGGUAUAUUAGAUUAUUAUUUAGAUAUAUUCCAUUAGAGAAGAUUAAAAAAGUUUUAUUAAAGAAUAAUGUUCCAGCUGAAGAGGUUGAAUUUUUAUGUCAUUAAUUGGAUCCAUUUACAGAUACCAUGAAGAGAGUUAAUUAUGCUGAAUUCUUAAAGAGCUUGAGUAAUGUUUGA